AUGCAAUUGUCUCCUAUUGAUUUGGACUAUUUGCACUAAGAGAGCAUCGGGGGAGUCAUUGCCGAUGGUCUAACAGUGCUCUACAAUACACAACCUGAAAAACCUAUCGAAUUUUUAGCCAAAUGGCUAUUAUAAUAUUGUAAAACUUCCACUCAGAAAACUCACUUCCAAGAUGAUCUCUAGAAGAAAGAAUAAAACAUUUAGAAUUUUAUCCAAUAGCAAAAGUAAGAGAAGGAGAGAUUGGAAGAAUUGCUUUAAUUCAAUUAAAAAACAAUGGAACAAGAACUCAAUUACAUCGAGUAUCUAAGAAACCAUCCCUAUCAUUAGGAGUUGAUUAUUCAGGAGUUUCCAGAAUUUCUGAUGAAGAAAUUUAAUUUGGCUGGUGUGUACAUCUGCUAUUUCACCCAUCAGAAACAAGUAGUCGACAUUGAUUUGGUAGAUGAUGAAAACGCAUUUAUAAAUCAAAAGGCACCUAAACUAUUGAAAUAUGUAGGAACCUCUGUAAAUCAAAAUUUCCUUCUCCAUCAAAACUUAACUGAAUAAGCUAUCAUAACAUAUGAAGUACUCAAACCCCCUCCUCCUCCUGAAGAAGGCAAGGCUCCAGAAGUGUACAAGGGAAUCUACAUACCCGAUGUUGUCAAAGAGCCAAAAGUUUAUUUUCAUAGAUUCCCCAAGUUGGGAUGCUAUUUUGCCAUUCCCAUGAAUUUUGAAACUUCUCUUUUUGAAGAUGCAUUUGACGCAGGUUUGGUGAAUAGGAUAAAAUACAAUUCUGAGGUGGAGACCCAAAAGUCAGAGAUUAAGGCAAAGGAAUUAGAACAUGCAGAAUAAUUACAAAAUGCCGAAAGUGAAGAUCAGAAACAGUAAUUGGAGGACGAACAUCAAAAUUAUUUGUCUUCGUUGCCACAACUUGUAGAGCCACCUUUUUUGGGCAUCCAAUAAUAAUACAUUGUAUGUGGUGAUACAUUAGGAUAAGACAGAAAAUUGUCACAGGAAGAACGCAAUCAAUUAUACGAUAUGAUUCAAUAGUUUGGUCAAAGUUAUCAAGAGAAGGAGAUAGCCUUGUUGUCAGAGGAUAUCAAUUAAUAAAUUGAAUAUCAAAAUACUAUUCCUGAGAAGUUGGAGGAGAAUUAUCUGGAUCAAGAGAAUCAAUUUGUGGAGUAGUAAGCUGUCAAUUUAGAGGAAUUGAAGUAGACUAAUGAUCGGGAUUAUAGUUAUGAAAUAGAGUGUAUUAAAUUUGAUUUUCUGAAGUAACAAUUUACUGCCAAAGAUUUUGCCUCUACUUUUCUUAAUCUAACGAAGAGGAGGGUCAUCAAAUUCCCAAACAUCAUUAAAGCGUUAUUUUAUUUGUUAGGUUACAAAAAGGAGGAAAUCACAUUGGAAAAUAAAUUGAAUUGGAAGAUUGUGGCUUCCUAGAUUGAUUACAGAUUCUUAGCCAAAUUAGCUCUCAUUAAUCACAGGGGACCCAAAGAAGCCCCACUUCAACAUGCUACUAUAUAUAGAUUGGAAAAAUUGGUGGAUGUGUAUGAUGAGGAGAAAGUUGCAAAUUACAAUUGGGCUUUGGGGUACUUACAAAGAUUUCUCACUUUGUAUUGUAAGUUGAGAAGGGAGGACGUUGCAAUCAGAAAAGAAAUCCUACAGGAGAAGAGAGGCCAAUUAUAGGCUGCCAAAGAAUUGUUAGCCUAAUUAUUAGAAUAAAAAGAGACAGAUUUGCAGGCAGCUAAGGCCAACUUCUAAGGGGAGGAGGGUGAAGAAUUUGAUGAACAGAAAUGGAUUGAAGAAUGGGAAUCUGAACAUAAUCUUCCUGAAAUUGGUGAUGAACCAUAGGAUGAAAUUGAUGAUGACUUAGAAUGAUCCUCAUAAAUUAGAAAUAAAAUU